CACUGAGUUCGCUGUUACUGCGUUCAGUGAUUCACUUUCAGUUGUAUGUGGUGAUUUCAAUUCAUGUGACUGUAGCUUCCUUUCGUCAGUAGGUCGCCAAAAUGUAGUAGAUUUUCCUACUCGUUUGGAUGCUCAUUUAGACUUCGUUUUCAUUAAUGAUGUGGGUAUAUAUGUGACUCGUAAACGUGCUCGAUUGUCUAGCUCGGAUCACUGUAUGAUUCGUGUUCUACCUAAAGUAUAUGGAAAGCAUGAGAAGAGUACACUCUUACAUCAAACCAAGAAAGUCAAAUAUAGGAAUUACUCAGUAUAAAAUAUCCAAAAUCUGCAAAACAUGUUUCAUACGACUAACUGUGGAUUAUUUACAGAUGACUCACUGGAAAUCACUACUGAUUUUAUCACUUGUUACCUUAAAUUCUGUUUUGAUAUUUGUUGUCCCACUGAAACCAUUUUUGUAAGUUUCGAUCGACUCACACCUUCAAAACUGAAACGACUACGGAGGGUGAGAGAAAGACUGUAUAAAGAGAAGAACUGUAAUGAAGUUCGUGAGCUAAAUGGUCUGAUAAACGUAGAGAUUAGACGUCUCAACUGUAUAUUUACUGAAAAACUCUUGUCUUGCAAGAACUCUCCAAGUAUGUGGAAAGUCUUUAAAGAACUUACAGAUGACAGACAGAUUAGGAGCGAUAACCAGCUGAAUGUUUGUGACUUAAAUAAGUCUUUUGUACGUCAGUCAUCUGAUGUAAUGCUCCCUUCAUCCACAGGUUUAAAGAAUAGCCGUGUUCCUCGUUCCACUGAAACUGAUGUCCGAAGAUGUCUCCAGUUACUUAAUUUAUCCUGAUGUUUAGGACCUGAUGGUAUCUCAAACAUCUUUUUUUAAAAAUGUGCUGACGUCUUAUGUUAUCCGUUCACGACUAUCUUUAACCGAUCCUUCUCAUCUAAUCUCCUACCGAAAAUGUGGAGAAAGAUGAAGAUAAUCCGUGUACCCAAUAAAGUAUCUGGUGAUAAGAAUGUGAAAUUUAGACUUAUUGCAAUAAUUUCACCCUUCCUUAAAACAAUGGAAAAAUUAUUAGUACUUCCAUUUCAGCCUGCGAUAAGAGAGCAUAUUGAUCCGUAUCAGUUUGCCUACAGAUGGAAAUGAAGCACCUUAGAUACUGUUGCUGUUCUGCAUCACAAUAUAGUGUUCAACUUAGAAAAGGGUAAGAAGUAUGUUCGAUGGGCUUUUCUGGACUAUACUUCAGCUUUUGAUUCUAUACCAAGACAACGUUUACUUAACAAGUUAAUCAGCGUCAACACUGACAGCUGGAUAACCAACUGGCUAUGUCCAUACAUCUCUGAAAGGGAACAGUACACUGUAUUUGGAGUAAAGUGUUCAGAGUCUCUACUGUCUCAUGAAGGUGUACCACAAGGAGCUGUUUUUUCACCUCUUCUUUUCUCUUUUUUUCUGCAUGAUUUGCCGUCUUACACAAAAAACACUAUUGUGAAAUAUGCGGAUGAUCUCACUGUAUGUAUGCCUAUCUCUUCC